AUGCCAGGAUGGAGAAAUAAAUAAAGUCCAGAGAGACCUAAAAAAAUACAGGGAUCCUAUAGAAAAAAUUCCUAAAACUUUAGGGAAUAACUCAAAGAGAAAAUCUAGAGGAAACUCAAAAAAGCGGAGGUAUGAUGUCAAAAAUCGAAGCCCGAGACAAGAUAAAUCUAAAAGGAGAGACUUCAACCGAAGAUCUCCUCAGGAGAACUUUAAUAGACCAGCAUUUGACGAUAAGCCAAAGAACCAGCAGACCAAAGAGGAUGAAUACUAUGACAGCCUUAAUAUCAAACCACAAGUGUUUUAUCCUCAUGAUUGGUACCCAGAGACCCGGAAAAUGAACAGGAAUUUCUACUUCCAUAUGGGUCCUACCAACAGUGGUAAAACCUAUGCCGCGAUUGAAGCACUCAAGAAAGCAGGUAAAGGUAUUUAUUGAGCACCUCUCAGACUCCUUGCUUGGGAAGUUGCUGAAAAACUAAACAGCGAAGGCAUCCGAUGCAGUUUAAGAACUGGUCAGGAAAAAUCUAUAUCAGAAUUUGAUACUCAUAAUGCAUGUACCAUUGAAAUGGCAAAUGCACGAGAGGAAUAUGAUGUUGCUGUCAUAGACGAAAUCCAAAUGAUCGCUGAUGAUCAGAGAGGAUCAGCAUGGACGAAUGCUGUGCUUGGACUCCGUGCUAAAGAGAUCCAUCUUUGCGGAGAUCAAAGAUCACUUAAGCUAAUCUCAGACCUUUUAAAAGUCACUGGAGAUAAUCUCAAAAGAAGAGAGUACAAAAGAAUGAGUGUUCUUAGAGCUGAUCAGAAACCUAUCAGAAGUUUCCAUGAUCUCAGGCCAGGCGACUGCAUUGUAGGUUUCUCCAAAAAGGUAUUGUUUCAGAUGAAAUCUUCGAUCAACGAGAAACUAGACCCAGAUUACGAUAAAUAAUAUGAAGAAAAUCAAAAAGGGCAUGAACAACACAAAAAGACAUCGAAAGAUUAUGUAUAAACUCAAGGAAAAAUACUUAAAAGAUAACCCUCUUAAAAAUAAAUGUGCUGUGAUUUAUGGCACUCUUCCACCAGAGACCAAAAAAUUGCAAGCUAAGGCUUUCAACGAACGUGAUAGCGGUCUUGACUUUUUAGUCGCAACUAAUGCUGUAGGAAUGGGUCUCAAUCUGAAUAUUAACAGAAUAAUAUUCACAUCAAUAGAGAAAAGGAUCUUUGGUAAAAUAAACCCUUUAGAAAAGACUGAGAUUCUCCAGAUUGCUGGAAGAGCAGGGCGAUUCCACAAAGACGGCUACGUAUCUGCAUUUACCACCAAGACGCUCAACAAGAUUAGAAAUGUGAUUCAGGAGGACCAGAAAUUGUCCAAAUCUAUUGGUGAGAAACCAGAAGAUAUUAAAAAGGAACUCAGCAAGGAAAAUAAGAUUGAAAUCAACAUAGAUAAAUACCAAAAUGAAGACUCUGAAGACGAACAUGAUGAAGGUUUCAUCACUAUCACUGAUACCAAUGAAGAUGAGAAGGAAGAAAGCGAGUAUCUGUUUGAACAAAUCAAAGAUGAUGAUUAUAUAGAAGAUAAUGACUUUACAAAACACCAGUCUAUGAUAAAGGCUGCCGGAUUUUUCCCUAGUUUUGAACAAUUAGAAAUAUUUGCCUAUAAAAUUAUACAAGAUUAUAAAAUAGCACUCCCAUUUUCAAGAAUCCUCGACUUAUUCUUGAACAACUCAGAGCUAGAUGAUCUUUACUUUAUGACAAAUGUGACUGUGCCUCAAGAGAUCUGUAGAAGGUUGGAUAAAUAUGAUAACUCAACUGCAAUGAGGCUUCACAACACUACUGAAUUUUUGCUUGACACCUAUGCAGGUCAUAAAGGAAUCAGACGGGCUAUUUACAACUUCUCUCAGUGCCCCAUAAAGCUAGACUACAAGAAUGGACAAAAGAGGUUGAAAAUCUUAGAGCAAUUCUUUAUGGAGUUGACUUAUUUUAAACAAGUACGACUUCCUGGGAAGAACUUAAACGAUUACUCUAUACUUAGCAAAGGAGACUACACUGUUGAAGACCUCCUUCAGCUGGAAGAGAUUCAUAACAUGCUAGAGGUCUACCUCUGGCUGGGUAAUAAAUAUGAACAAGAGUUCAUAGAAAUCACUGAAGCGAAACUACUCAUUAAACAUGUUUGCAAGUUGAUAGAUGGGGCCUUAAAGGAGAUGUACUCCACUGGACAGAAGAAGGUAAAGAUAGGCUAAGCAGUCAAUCCUCCUCUUUAGUGUUGAUAUAAAAAUUUAUU